GCAAGCCGGACAGAGAGCGGCCGCAGCCUUUGGAGAAGAGCUGCAGCUGGUCUUUGCCUCACUCGCCCGCGAACUGUGAGCUCCCGGCACUUCGCCUCGUUUCUGCACUGCCCGCUGCUGCCGCCAUGGCCCAAGCUGACAUCGCACUGAUUGGACUGGCUGUCAUGGGCCAGAACUUAAUAUUGAACAUGAAUGACCACGGCUUUGUGGUCUGUGCCUUUAACAGGACAGUCUCCAAAGUUGAUGAUUUCUUGGCCAACGAGGCAAAGGGAACCAAAGUGGUUGGUGCUCAGUCCUUGAAGGAGAUGGUCUCCAAGCUAAAGAAGCCCCGGAGGAUUAUCCUUCUUGUGAAGGCUGGUCAAGCUGUUGAUGAUUUCAUUGAAAAACUGGUACCAUUGUUGGACACUGGUGACAUCAUCAUUGAUGGAGGAAAUUCUGAAUAUAGGGAUACCACAAGACGUUGUCGAGACCUCAAGGCCAAGGGGAUCUUAUUUGUGGGGAGUGGAGUUAGUGGUGGAGAAGAUGGGGCCCGGUAUGGCCCAUCACUCAUGCCAGGAGGAAACAAAGAAGCUUGGCCCCACAUCAAGACAAUCUUCCAGGGCAUUGCUGCGAAAGUAGGCACUGGAGAACCCUGCUGUGACUGGGUGGGAGAAGAGGGAGCAGGACACUUUGUGAAGAUGGUGCACAACGGAAUAGAAUAUGGCGACAUGCAGCUCAUCUGUGAGGCUUACCACUUGAUGAGAGAUAUCCUGGGCAUGGAGCAAGGCCAGAUGGCGCAGGCCUUUGAAGAGUGGAAUAAGACAGAGCUAGACUCAUUUCUGAUUGAAAUCACAGCCAAUAUUCUCAAGUUCCGAGAUAACGAUGGCAAGUACCUGCUGCCAAAGAUCAGGGACAGUGCUGGGCAGAAGGGCACUGGGAAGUGGACGGCUAUCUCCGCCCUGGAAUACGGCGUCCCUGUCACCCUCAUCGGAGAAGCCGUCUUUGCUCGAUGCUUAUCGUCUCUGAAGGAUGAAAGAAUUCAAGCAAGCAAAAAACUAAUGGGUCCCCAAAAGGUCCAGUUUGAAGGUGACAAGAAAUCAUUCCUGGAGGACAUUCGAAAGGCCCUCUACGCUUCCAAGAUCAUCUCCUACGCCCAGGGCUUUAUGCUGCUAAGACAGGCAGCCACUGAAUUUGGCUGGACCCUCAAUUAUGGUGGCAUCGCCCUGAUGUGGAGAGGGGGCUGCAUCAUCAGAAGUGUAUUCCUGGGAAAGAUAAAGGAUGCAUUUGAUCGAAACCCAGAACUUCAGAACCUACUACUUGAUAACUUCUUUAAGUCAGCUGUUGAAAACUGCCAGGCCUCCUGGCGGCGGGUGGUCAGCACUGGUGUCCAGGCAGGCAUCCCCAUGCCCUGCUUCACCACUGCCCUCUCCUUCUAUGACGGGUACAGACAUGAGAUGCUACCGGCCAACCUCAUCCAGGCUCAGCGGGAUUACUUUGGAGCUCAUACCUAUGAACUCUUAACCAACCCGGGACAGUUUAUCCACACUAACUGGACAGGCCAUGGCGGCAAUGUGUCCUCCUCUUCAUACAAUGCUUAACCAGACUGUUUGUAUUACCCUCCAUGAUUCCAUAGACCAGGACAUUCCACGUGCGCACAGCACUGCUUACACGGCCCUUUGCCCUAUUUUCUGCUCAGAUCUCUUAAAGUUGUGUUGUAAGACUGAAAAAGAGCUUAUUUGUAAAGUGGUUCUGUGGGGACUGUCAUGCCUUCUGCCCUCGCCUCUGGGAACUCCCCAGGAGCUGAUCAUGUGUGUGACUGCGGGAACCUGCUCCUUUCUGCGGGUCCCCUGUGGAGUAAUGAGGCUCUUGUCAUGUGGAUGGGAAGGGUGUUUGACAUUUUAACAAACUGGAACUUCAUAUCAUGCAGCUGAGUUCCCUUUUCCCUUUACUCAGUAAAAGCCACUUUAUAUCUCUGCGUUUGCUCCAGAUUCUUCAGUGGUCUCACCUCAGCUAUGCUGAGCUAUUGUCCUCAUGGGCAGAAAGAUGUGCAGCGCUUUCCCUGCAUUGCAGUCAGUUUGUCUCCUUCUAACCUUGUUAAUUUUUACACUUUUUUUUUUAGACAGUCGCAAGCUGUUGUCCUGGAUAGAGUGCCAGGUCACAGCAACCUCUAAUCCUUUUUUUUUUUUGUGAGACAUGUCUCAGUUUGUCACCCUUCCCAGAGUGCCCUGGCAUCAUAGCUCAUAGCAACAUACAACUCUUGGGCUCAAGUGAUUUUCUUGCCUCCGCCUCCCACAUAGCUGGGACUACAGGUGCCCACCACAAUGCCCGGCUAUUUUUAGAGACAGGGUCAUGCUCUUGCUCAGGCUGUUCUCGAGCCUGUGAGCUCAGAGCAAUCCACCCACCUAAGUCUCCCAAGUGCUAGGAUUAUUAGGGUGAGCCACUGUGCCCGGCCGCAACUGCCAACUCUUGGGCUCAAGCAAUCCUCUUGUCUCAGUUUUUCUAUUUUUCUUUUUUUGAGACAGAGUCUCAUUUUGUCACCUUUAGUAGAGUGCCAUGGUAUCCAGCACACAGCUCAUAGCAACCUCAAACUCUUGGGCUUAAGUGAUUCUCUUGCCUUAGCUUUCCAAGUAGCUGGGACUACAGGCACCUGCCACAACGCCCAGCUUAUUUUUUUUUUUGCAGUUUUAGGCCGGGGCUGGGUUUGAACCCGCCACCUCCGGCAUAUGGGGCCUGCACCCUACUCCUUUGAGCCACAGGCAACGUCUAACGCCCAGCUAUUUUGUAAAGAUGGGGGUCUCGCUCUGGCUCAGGCUGUUCUCAAACCUGUGAGCUCAGGCAGUCCAUCUCCUUGGCCUCCCAAGUGCUGGGAUUACAGGCGUGAGCCACCCCGCCCGGCCUAGCUGCUCUUAUUUCUCAGGUGGGCCAUGCUAUGUGGGUGUUCACAGUAACAUGCUUUAUGUCUUUUGUUAUGUCAGAUACUAGAUACUAAAUGAAAGGCUCAGCUUGGUCUGAUUUGUUUAUUUUUCUUUUUUUUUUUCCUGAGACAGAGUCUCACUAUGUCGCCCUGGGUAGAGUGUCCUGGCAUCCCAGCUCACAGCAACCUCUAGCUCUUGGGCUUAAGCGAUUCUCUUGCCUCAGCCUCCCAAGUAGCUGGGACUACAGAUGCCCACCACAACGCCCAGCUAUUUUGUUGUUCUUGUAGUUGUCAUUGUUGUUUGGCAGGCCCGGGCUGUGUUCCAACCCACCAGCCCCGGUAUAUAUGGCUGGCGCCCCAGCUGCUGAGCUACAGGCACUGACCCUUGUUUUCUUUCUUAUCUUUUUUUUUUUUUUUUAAAUCUGAGACAGGUCUUGAAUAUAUAUACAUAUAUAUUUUUGAGGCUGAUUCUUAACUCUUCUCACACUGGGUAGAGUGCUGUGGCAUCUCAGCUCACAGCAACCUCACAGUCCUGGGUUCAAGUGAUUCUUCUGCCUCAGCCUCCUGAGUAGCUGGGACUACAGGCACCCACCAUAGCACCCCGCUAGUUUUUCUAUUUUUAGUAGAGACGGGGUCUUGCUCUUGCACAGGCUGGUCUCUGAACUCCUAAGCUCAGGUGAUACACCUGCCUUGGCCUCCCACAGUGUUGGAAUUGUAGGUGUUGGCCACUGUGCCCCAUCUAGCUCCCAUAUUUUAAUAGCUGGUAUCUAUAAUUUGGCCUCUGACUUGUGCCUUAGACAGAUAAAGAGGCGGGCAGGCAGAACUGAGGUGACAGACACAAUCUUUCAUUAAAUUAUCAACUUUGUAAACUCACCCCACCUGGUCCCCACUUGCAAAUUUAAGAGACCUUUUCUAGCCACUGUGACUCUGGAUUCUUUGAAGGUUGUGAAAGGCUUUUCUCAAAGGUAACCUUUUGACUUUGCUCUAAGGCAGAUGGAUGUUUCUGGAAUGGACGGAGAAUAAGGGAGAAACAAUAGUGAGAGGUCAGAGGCUAAAUGUCAAAAGGAUAUAAAGUAAAGCUGAAUUGUCCAAAAAUGUCCAAAAUGCUAAUAGUCAGAAGGCAAUCAGCCUUCCUCCCUGCUUAUCUUUCAUGUGGCCACGAAUGGUGGAGUUUGGUUUCAAAUCCAGCCCUCUCUACUUACUAGCUGUAUGCCUUGGGAAUUCUUUACUAUCUCUGCACUUAGUUUUCUCAUUUGUAAAAUGGGAUGAUAAUAAUAGCACUGAAUGCUUGGCACAUAAUAAUCACCUAUAUAAGGGGCAGUUACUACCAUCCAGGGCGUGCCCACGCCUGAAGCAGUGGUGUUUCUACUGAGAAUUAGAAACCAAAUGUUCUUGGGGUGGCGCCUAUGGCUUCAGUGAAUAGGGUGCUGGCCCCAUAUACCGAGUAUUGCAGGUUUGAACCCAACCCUGGCCAAACUGCAACAAAAAAAUAGCCAGGCAUUGUGGCGGGCGCCUGUAGUCCCAGCUACUCGGGAGGCUGAGGCAAGAGAAUCACCUAAGCCCAGGAACUGGAGGUUGCUGUGAGCUGUGACAUCACAGCACUCUUAAUGAGGGCGAUAAAGUGAGACUUUGUCUCUGGAAAAAAAACAACAGAAACCAAAUGUUCUCCACACCAGUCCUCCAAAGCUGCUUGGUGGGCACCUGUGUGUGCCACAUGGCAGGUAGAGAGGUCAUCCUCAAACACAGAUCAGAGUGUCUAUGAGCAGGACUCCACCCUAGGGAUUCUGAAAAAAAUGCACGCUGCGGGGUGGGGCCGCACAUUUGCAUUUCCACAAGCCCUCAGGUGUUUCCUGUGCUGCUGAUCCCUAUACCCUGCACUGCAGCGAAGCGCCAAGUAGAGCUGGGAUGGGCAUCAGAGCACAGAGAAGGCAGACUGGUCAAAUCCUAACUACCGGCUAGGAGCAUUGCCACCUUGGGCAAGUUGUAAGCACUCUAAGUUUCCACUUCUCCACUUAUAAAAUGGCAGUAUCCGCUACAUAUUAAGGGCUUAAUAAAUGUUUGCAGUAUUUUGAUUGUCUCAAAAGAAAAAAAGGAAAAUUUGUCACCUGGUGGAGUCAGGAGCUCUGGCUAUUUAUGGGUUUUCUUGGGGGUCUCCCAGUCUAUAUAGCAUACAUACAAGAAUACUGCACAGCUAUGUCUGAAUGUCAAUGCCACCAUUCUAGUGCGAUAUAUGUU